AUGGUCGCCCUCCGUUCUCCCUUGAGAAGCUCUCCCUCUGUCCUCCUCGGCCUGCUGCUGUGCGCCUGGGCCGUGGUCGCGGAGGAGGUGUCCUUCUAUAAAUCCAGACCCGACAUAUCCCCUCCAGUCCUACACAUUGAGCGCAGCGAACCCAGCAAACUCGCGCCGGGCUAUAUUUUUAUCGCGCCCUACGAAUCCCAAAAUCCGGGCCCUUACAUCUUCGACAACUCAGGGGAGCUAGUAUGGAGUGGUUGGGGCGCUUCGGGGCCGGGAAACGCACAUGCCGUGCACGUCUGCAAAUAUAACGGCGCCGACCACCUGUGUUUCUUCCAGGGGAACCAGCAGAAAGGAUAUUGCCGCGGCCAUGGCGUUAUUUUGGACAACAGCUACCGCAUCGUGCGCUCGGUGCAGCCCGGCGGCGGAAUGGCAUCCAGCGACAUGCAUGAAUUCCUUCCGAUAGGCGACGGCAAAACCGCCCUCAUGACCGUGUACCAGCAGCGCCAAUUCGACAUGACCCCGUGGAACAUCAAAACCGGCGUGGGUUGGUUGAUGGAAAGUGUCUUCCAAGAGAUUGACACCGAGACCAGCAAAGUGCUAUUUGAAUGGCGCUCCCUCGACCAUGUCGACCCAUCAGACAGCUAUACCUGGCCUGCGCACACGGAUACGUCGGGCACCGGCUUGAACGUGCACGAGCCCUGGGAUUACUUCCAUAUCAACUCCAUCGACAAGAACGCCGACGGCGACUACCUCAUUUCUUCGCGGCAUGCUUGCACCAUCUACAAGAUUUCCGGCGAGGAUGGCUCUAUUAUUUGGAGAUUGCAUGGAUCCAACCCGACUUUCCGCAAUAUCAACUUCAGCUUCUCGCAGCAGCACGAUGCGCGGUGGUUGUAUGAAAAUGCUACACAUACGGUUCUGUCGCUGUUCAACAACGGUUUUAACGGGUAUAACCAGACGCACCCCUAUUCGGCUGGCAUGAUCAUCCUCAUCGAUCAUGUGGAUAAUACUGCUUUGCAAAUUCGUGACUACAUGCCCAUCGCUAAGGAUUUUGUCAGUUCCAGCCAAGGUAACUUGCAGCGCCUGCCGAACAAGAACGUGUUUAUCGGAUGGGGCAGCAAUCCAUACCUGUCUGAGCAUGAUGAAGACGGCAACCUGUUGCUCUGGGCGUCCUUUGCCGAGGACACCGUGAUGAACUAUCGUGCUCUGAAGUACGAAUGGGAAGGCAAUCCCACCGAUUCUCCAGCCCUCUGGGCCUACUCUCGCACCUCCGAACCCUUCUCACCCACGAGCUUCUACGUCAGCUGGAAUGGCGCAACGCGCGUUCAUAGCUGGCGAUUCUACGGUGGCCACAACAUGACCGGACCCUUCGUGUUCUUGGACCAGGUCAACAAGACCGGGUUCGAGACGGAGUAUACCAAUGCCAGCUUCUAUCUUUGGACCCGAGCCGAGGCCGUUGAUAGCAAAGGCGACGUGUUGGGCAAGUCAGAGAUCAAAUACACCUUCGUUCCUUCACCAGAGCUCCGCGAGUUCUGCCAAGACGAGACCUGUCUGGACGCACCGGGAUACGGAUUCCCGGGCGAGGAUGAGGCUCAGCCGUUAAUUCCGCCAGCGGGCGUGAUUACAGUGCCGUGGAUCGACCCCGAGCACGACGGCACCGCCUGGACCUACCCAUCGGGCUUCCCACACACGACGGAGCCCUUGGUGUACCAUAACCGAUGGCGAAACGGUCGAUUAGUGAUAUUCGGCACAACGAUCGCCGUGGUACUGCCCAUCCUCGCCGGAGCAUACCUCGUCUGGUGGUUCUAUCAGCGGCGCCGGCCGGGCCAGCAGCAGGAGGACGACGACUCGACCGAGCCGCUGAACGGCAUGGCCGAGCGGAAAUCUCCACCGCGGUCCUCCGGCCAUCACUGGUGGCAUUGGCGGCGGUGGACCGGAGACGCAGAAACUAAGUAUUUCGCGCUCGCAGAUCGCAGUCCACACCAUGGACACGGGCGAGAGCGGACAGAAUAG